AUGCUCAGGGCUCCCGCGCUGCGGUCGGAAGAGGCAGGAACGGCCGGCUUCAGCCCCUCGCCGGUGCCGCCCACCCAGUCCAAGCCUCUCACCUCGUUUCUCAUCCAAGACAUCCUGCGGGACGGCGCGGAGCCACAGCCCCGAGCUCCGCCGCCCCUGCGCCAGCCAGAACCCAGGCGAGACCCUGAGCCGGAGCAGGAGUCGGAGCCGGAGACGGAGCCGGAGGGAGGAAGAGGCCGCGCCAGCGAGCCGGUGGACGAGCUGGGCGCGGGGCCCCAGGCCGCGUCGGGGGAGGCGGGAGAGACUGAGCCAGAUAGGCACUUUGAGACUUACCUCUCAGACUGUGAAAACACUUCAGGGGCCCGCCCAAGCCUGCCCCAAGCCCCCAAGCCUCCACAGAAGCGCUCCAGAGCCGCCUUCUCCCACACUCAGGUCAUUGAAUUAGAGAGGAAGUUCAGCCACCAGAAGUACCUGUCAGCCCCUGAAAGGGCUCACCUGGCCAAGAACCUCAAGCUCACCGAGACACAAGUGAAAAUAUGGUUCCAGAACAGACGGUAUAAGACCAAGCGAAAGCAGCUCACCUCAGACUUGGGAGACCCGGAGAAGCACGCCUCCUUGCCUGCGCUGAAAGAGGAGGGCUUCUCCCGCGCGCCCCUCAUCUCCAUGUACAAUAGCUACCCAUACUACCCCUACCUUUACUGCCUGGGGAGCUGGAGCCCAGCUUUCUGGUAACACCCGCU